AUUUGACCAGCGUGGGGAUGCGCCACAUAGUCCCACUAUAUUGCAAGCUUUCCCGUUAGUAGUACAUCAUCGGCGGCACCUGCUUACUCCGUUGUUGUGGCGCUGAAUCUCUGGGAGGUGUCUUUAUUUCACUCGGAGCUUUUUUUUUGUUUUGAAACAAGAUUUUUAUUUUUCUCCGGAUAGAAAUAAGCGAAGCAAUUCAGCACCACACGAUUGAGGAGAGCGUUGAGAUUUGAGGCAAUUUUGUGGGAAUACACUGCGAACGUUUUGCACACUUUGUGGACCUUUCAUUAGAGGUUGAAGCAGAGACCAUGACGACUGCCACUUCCCCAAUCUUGUUGAAAUGGGACCCUAAGAGUCUUGAAAUCCGCACACUGACUGUGGAACGACUUCUGGAACCCCUUGUUACACAGGUGACAACCCUGGUAAACACGAGUAACAAAGGGCCAUCCAGUAAGAAGAAGGGGCGCUCCAAGAAGGCUCAUGUCCUGGCAGUCUCUGUUGAACAGGCCACUCAGAACUUUCUGGAAAAGGGGGAGCAGAUCGCCAAAGACAGCCAGGAUCUGAAGGAGGAGCUCAUUGCUGCUGUGGAUGAUGUCCGUAAGCAGGGAGAGACGAUGCGUAUUGCCUCCUCAGAAUUUGCUGAUGACCCAUGCUCCUCUGUGAAACGUGGCACCAUGGUGAGGGCUGCCCGAGCCCUGCUCUCUGCUGUUACACGCCUGCUCAUUCUCGCCGACAUGGCUGAUGUCAUGAGGCUGCUGUCCCAUCUUAAAAUUGUGGAGGAAGCCCUAGAAGGAGUAAAGAAUGCAACCAACGAACAGGACCUGGCAAACCGCUUCAAAGAAUUUGGAAAGGAGAUGGUGAAGCUUAAUUAUGUAGCAGCCCGGAGACAGCAGGAGCUAAAGGACCCUCAGUGUCGAGAUGAGAUGGCGGCCGCACGUGGGGCUCUGAAGAAAAAUGCCACCAUGCUGUACACUGCCUCACAGGCCUUCCUGCGCCAUCCAGAUGUGGCGGCCACACGGGCGAACCGAGACUACGUGUUCAAGCAGGUGCAGGAGGCCAUCGGGGGCAUCUCCAGCGCUUCUCAGGCCACCUCCCCAACUGACGAGAAGCACACCCACGCUGGCAUCGGGGAACUGGCUGCUGCUCUCAAUGAGUUUGAUAAUAAAAUAAUCUUGGACCCUCUGACAUUCAGCGAAGCUCGCUUCCGGCCAUCUCUCGAGGAGCGCUUGGAGAGCAUCAUCAGCGGUGCCGCAUUAAUGGCUGACUCUUCGUGCACACGUGAUGAUCGACGUGAGCGCAUCGUGGCUGAGUGCAACGCUGUCCGACAGGCCCUACAAGACUUGUUGAGCGAGUACAUGAACAAUACCGGCAGAAAAGAGAAAGGAGACCCGCUGAACUCUGCCAUAGACAAGAUGACCAAGAAGACCAGGGACCUACGUCGGCAGUUGAGAAAGGCGGUGAUGGACCACAUCUCCGACUCAUUCCUGGAGACCAACGUCCCUCUGUUGGUGCUCAUUGAAGCAGCCAAGAGCGGAAAUGAAAAGGAGGUCAAGGAGUAUGCCCAGGUGUUCCGUGAGCAUGCCAACAAACUUGUGGAAGUGGCGAACCUGGCUUGCUCCAUCUCUAACAAUGAAGAAGGUGUCAAGCUGGUUCGAAUGGCUGCCACCCAAAUUGACAGCCUUUGUCCACAGGUUAUCAAUGCAGCGCUUACUCUGGCUGCCCGACCUCAGAGCAAAGUGGCCCAGGACAAUAUGGACGUCUUCAAGGACCAGUGGGAGAAGCAAGUGCGGAUCUUGACUGAAGCCGUGGAUGAUAUAACUUCUGUGGAUGACUUUCUCUCAGUCUCAGAAAACCACAUCCUGGAGGAUGUUAAUAAAUGUGUCAUUGCGCUGCAAGAGGGAGACGUGGACACACUUGACCGAACUGCCGGAGCUAUCAGGGGCCGGGCUGCUCGCGUUGUGCACAUCAUUAAUGCUGAGAUGGAGAACUAUGAACCUGGCGUCUACACUGAGCGUGUGCUGGAGUCCAUCAAGCUCCUGUCUGAAACUGUCAUGCCCCGUUUUGCUGAACAAGUGGAGGUAGCAAUCGAGGCGCUGAGUACAAACCCACCACAGGCCUUUGAGGAGAAUGAAUUCAUUGAUGCAUCCCGUUUGGUCUAUGAUGGCGUCCGGGACAUCAGGAAAGCUGUCCUCAUGAUAAGGACACCAGAGGAGCUUGAAGAUGACUCAGACUUUGAACAGGAGGACUAUGACACACGCAGUAGGACCAGUGUCCAGACGGAAGAUGAUCAGCUUAUUGCUGGACAGAGUGCCCGGGCCAUCAUGGCACAGCUUCCACAGGAAGAGAAGGCUAAGAUCGCUGAGCAGGUGGAGAGCUUCAGACAGGAGAAGUGCAAGCUUGACGCCGAGGUGGCCAAGUGGGACGACAACGGCAACGACAUUAUCGUGCUCGCCAAGCAGAUGUGUAUGAUCAUGAUGGAAAUGACAGAUUUCACCAGGGGCAAAGGUCCCCUUAAGAACUCCUCCGAUGUGAUCAACGCAGCCAAGAAAAUUGCAGAGGCUGGAUCCAGGAUGGACAAAUUGGCCCGUGCUGUGGCUGAUCAGUGUCCGGAUUCGGCCUGCAAACAGGAUCUUCUGGCCUACCUGCAAAGAAUCGCACUGUACUGUCAUCAACUCAACAUCUGCAGUAAAGUGAAAGCUGAAGUGCAGAAUCUUGGCGGGGAGCUCAUUGUGUCAGGGCUGGAUAGUGCCACCUCCCUCAUUCAGGCGGCCAAGAACCUCAUGAACGCCGUGGUCCUGACCGUCAAAGCCUCCUACGUGGCCUCUACCAAAUACCAGAAGGUGUACGGGACUGCUGCCGUCAACUCGCCCGUCGUGUCCUGGCGCAUGAAAGCUCCUGAGAAGAAGCCAUUGGUGAAGCGGGAGAAGCCGGAAGAGUGCCAGACCCGUGUGCGACGAGGCUCUCAAAAGAAACACAUCUCUCCCGUGCAGGCCCUCAGCGAAUUCAAGGCCAUGGACUCCUUCUAGAAAGAAAAGAUUUGCAUUGUGUUAGCUCAUGUUUGCCCUGUGUGUGUGAGCACUCGUGCACCUCGGGAGGACGAUGGUAAACUGCCACACUCUGCUGUGAAGACUGGCAGCUACACACACACAAACACAUACACGCACACACACUAUUUAUCGAUCGUAUCGUAGCUUGCCAUGUGAGAGCCAACUGUGAAAAAUAUGGAACUUAUUGAAAAAAAAACAUAUCAGGAAGAUGUUUUUAAAAAGAAAUGAUGGUUGAUAUUGUCGUCUUGGCUGCUUGUACACACAUUUAAUUGUCUGGGCUGUUCACUAGGGACUUGAGAGCGGGAGUACCUCUUAAUUUAGUUCUUGUUCUUCCCAUUUUACAAUGUAACCAGUAGUUGUAGUUAAUAAUAACUUAUGUUUAAAAUACCAAGAAGUAGUGUCCUUGUUCUGAUACAGUGUUUUAUCCAAAAGCACACCUGUUAUCCCACUAACUAUAUAACUGUGUAGCGUAUGAAUAUAGACCGAGAGGUUUGACUAGCUGUGGUUUGCUCAGAAAAUCCUUGCAUACGCUCCCUUUAUCUAAUAAAUCCUUCAACCUGGCGCCCUCAAAGAUUCAUAUUUAUUUUGCAUUUGCAGAACACAAAUAUGCCAAUCUUCAUCACCCAGCAUACUGUGUUGGUCAAGGUACUGACAGUUCCCUGUACAUGUUUGCUGCAGUUUAUCUGUUUCUACUUUGCCAAAUCCCCAAUAAUCUAGGAUGUAACUUGGGUUUAAACAGGAGUUGGCGCCAGUGGUGUACUAAUGCUGAGCUUAAAGUGUGUUAUCUCAGUUUCUGAUCAACACUGGCUGCUCUGAUAAGCUCACAUAAAGGAGGUUUGUGUGGUUUUCCAAGACAUUUCCAAGAGAAUUUACCCAGAUCAUGCAGAAAAUUGAGCUGACCUGUUCAUACUUGUCAACCCUCCUGCUUUCGCUGGAAAAUGACCAUAUUUUGCCCUCCUAUAAAAAUAGUUUCAGGUUGAUUUCCUGUCCAGGUGCAUGACUCAGGUGGUAGAGUGUUCAUUGGUUGACUG